AUGACUCGUUGGAUCGAUUAUCGUAAUAUUCAAAAAAAUGUACAACAAUCAAUUGCUUGUAAUCUAAAUAAAGCCAGACAACAGGAUAUUUAUGAGAAUCGAUUGCAUGUUCAUUUUUUGUUAAAAUCUGCUCUAUUUCUAGCUAAACAAGGGUUAGCUUUUCGCGGUCACAAUGAGAUGACUAGUUCAAACAACAAAGGUAAUUACUUAGAAUUAUUAGAAACGUUUGCUGACGAUAAACUUCUAGUUCACCUGCGUUCAAGAUAUGGACAUUAUACAAGUCCCAGUUACCAGAAUGAUUUAAUAAAAGUACUGGCUGAAUGUACUAAACAAAAUAUUUUGAACAAAAUGUCAUUACUGGGAGCUUUUGCUAUUCUUUUUGAUGAAACAAAAGAUGCUUCCAAAAAAGAACAAUUAAGUUUUGUGUUACGGUUUGUUGAUAAAGAUUUUGAUGUUUAUGAGCACGCACUAGGAUGUUUUCAUAUGACAAAAUCAACUGCCCAAAGUUUAUCAGAUGAAAUAUUAAAAAUUGAAAUUCGAGAAGUUCUCAAUGUACUAUCAUCAAAUGGUGAUGAAAAAUCUAGGGUUAUGGCAAUAGGAUAUCUUAAAGAAAUAUCAUCCCAGAAAUUUAUAUCAAUCCUAAUUUCUAUGGAAUCUAUUCUAGAAAUAGUUCACUGUGCAUCAAAUGAAUUAAAAAAUAGUAAACUUUUACUUCCUUCUGCUAAUCACCAAAUAAAUGUACCCAAACAAAAUUUGUUGAAUAUGCGUUCAAAUGGAGUUUGGGAAAAACUUGAAAAAAAAAUUGUAGCUAAAGCUAAAGAAAAUGAUAUAGAAGUAGACAUUAAAAAAAUCCAGAAAAGGAAAUUUACAGUUGAAUUAAAUACAAGAUUUUCAAAUGAUGUAUGCAAUAUAUUAAUGGUGACAGAUGUUUUUAAUAGUUCUAGUUUUGAAUUUUUUAAUCCGGAUUCAAUUCAUUUAAAACACUUUAUUGAACAUUACAAGUAUUUUAAAAUCGAUAAAUGUCUUUUAUCAUCAGAAUUUUUAACUGCUAAAACCUUAUGUCUUAAAGAAAACUAUGAAAACUUGGAUCUUUAUAAUAUUUCGCAUCUACUCAAUAAAGUUCAUAAUGCUUUUCCUGAAACAUUAAAAAUAAUUUCAAUCUUAAUGACUUUGCCAGCAACAACAGCUACAAAUGAAAGAUUUUUCUCUUCUCUUAAAAGAGUAAAAAAUUAUUUAAGGUUAACUAUGGGAGAUGAUAGGUUAAGUGACCUUUUAGUUAUUAAUGUUGAAAGCACUGAAGCCUCUAAAAUAAAUUUAGGUAAAGCUGUUGAUAAAUUUGCACAUUUAAAAGAGCGCCGUUAUCCUUUAAUAGCUUAA